AUGGAUCAUCAACACACAUUACAACUAAAUGGUUCAGGAGCACCUUCAUACAUGUGCAGUGGUUGUAAAGAGAUAGGUUUUGGAUCAAGUUACAUCUGUGCAAAAAGCAGUUGCAAUUACAUCGUCCACAAAGAAUGUGCAGAACCUGUUAAGCAUGCAGUUCAUCCAUUUUUCAAAGAUUCUAAAUUUGAAUUCUGUGAGAAAGCAGAAGAGGGUGCAUUCUGUGAUGCCUGUGGAAAAGAUUUAUUAGGUUUUUUCUACUCUUCCAAAAAACAAGGCUUUCUCUCCCUUUUUUCCAGAACAGGAUAUUCUCUACAUCCUUGUUGUUUGAAUCUGGAAAAAAACAUUUCAGAUAAAAUGACUUUGUCGCAUCAAGUUCCAUCAGACUGUACCAAGUGUAAGCAAAGGCAUGUUGCGAAGAAUAAUUUUGAAGGUUGGUCAUAUGUAGUUGACUCUGAUGGAAAGACUUGUGUUCAUGUGUCGUGUUUCAACGAUAUGAUUCUUGAGAAUUUGAAUAAUAAUAAGUCAAAAGGGAGAAUGCGUUCUUUCAUGAAAUUUACUGGCAAGUUGGUGGUGAACGUGCUGAUCGACAUAGCUUUAGGGGAUAUUACCAAUUCUAUCUCUAUCAUUACCGAAGCUCUUGUUUCUGGUUUUUGUGAAUGA